ACCCUAGUGCGUCGCAUGACCAUCCGUCCCAAGCACAUGCUAGGAGCUAACAAGCUCAUAAGCCAAGGAAUCAUCAAAGUCGCCGGUGGUCUCUUGACGCCUGAAUCACAGGAUGCAGAGCCUCAUAAUAGAAAGUUCAUGGGGUCUGCGCUGAUCUAUGAAGCCGAGAGCUUGGAGGAUGUAAGGAGGCUUGUCGAGGCGGAUUUGUAUUGGACGGAAGGCAUUUGGGACAAGGAGAAAUUGGACAUUCUUCCGAUGGUGAUGGCAACU